GGCCCCCGCGCGCCCCCGCCCCGCGCUCGCGCACAGGGGAGGCGGGCGGCGGGCGGCGGGCGCGCGCGGCGGGCUCGUGCACAGCGGCGGAGCCCGGGAGGCGGCGGGCUCGUGUCUGCCGGGCCCAGCGCCGAGUCGGUGUCGCGCGGAGCCGCCCAGCGCCGUCACCCCCGGGCACCCCUGAGUCAGCGCGCUCCGAGGACAUCGAGGACAUCGGGCGCCCCAGCAAGCCGCCCACCACCCCACAUGGCACUCGGGGGCCCAGACGCAGCGGGGAGGAGCCGGUGUGAGAGGCGGGCUCCGGGCUCCUGUCCAGCUGAGGGCACGUGCGCGUGAGGAUGCUGGCACGGCCCUAGGCCAGGCUCCGCACGAUGACCUGCUGGCUGCGCAUGCUCAGUCUGCACCUCCUGCUGCUGCCCGCCGCGCCACCGCCGGCCCGGGGCUGCCCCGCCCGCUGCGAGUGCACGGCGCCCACGCGAGCGGUGGCCUGCGCGCGCCGCCGCCUAACAGCCGUGCCCGACGGCAUCCCCGCCGAGACGCGCGUGCUGGAGCUGAGCCGCAACCGCAUCCGCUGCCUCAACCCGGGGGACCUGGCCUCGCUGCCCGCGCUGGAGGAGCUGGACCUCAGCCUCAACGCCAUCGCGCACGUGGAGCCGGGCGCCUUCGCCAACCUGCCCCGCCUGCGCGUCCUGCGCCUCCGGGGCAACCAGCUCAAGCUCAUCCCGCCCGGGGUCUUCACGCGCCUGGACAACCUGACCCUGCUGGACCUGAGCGAGAACCAGCUGGUCAUCCUGCUGGACUACACCUUCCAGGACCUGCGCCGCCUGCGCACGCUCGAGGUGGGCGACAACGACCUGGUGUUCAUCGCGCGCAGGGCCUUCGCGGGGCUGCUGGCCCUGGAGGAGCUGACCCUGGAGCGCUGCAACCUGACGGCGCUGUCCGGGGAGUCGCUGGGCCACCUGCGCGGCCUGGGCGCCCUGCGGCUGCGGCACCUGGCCAUCGCCACGCUGGAGGAGCAGAACUUCUGCAAGCUGUCGGGGCUGCUGCACCUGGAGAUCGACCACUGGCCGCUGCUGGAGGACGUGGCGGCGGGCAGCCUGCGGGGCCUCAACCUGACCUCGCUGUCCGUCACGCACACCAACAUCACCGCCGUCCCCGCCGCCGCGCUCCGCCACCAGGCGCACCUGACCUGCCUCAACCUGUCCUACAACCCCAUCAGCACGGUGCCCCGGGGCUCCUUCCGUGACCUGGUGCGGCUGCGGGAGCUGCACCUGGCGGGGGCGCUGCUGGCCGUGGUGGAGCCCCAGGCCUUCCUGGGCCUGCGGCAGAUCCGCCUGCUCAACCUCUCCAACAACCUGCUGUCCACGCUGGAGGAGGCCACGUUCCACUCGGUGAACACGCUGGAGACGCUGCGCGUGGACGGCAACCCGCUGGCCUGCGACUGCCGCCUGCUCUGGGUGGUCCAGCGCCGCAAGACCCUCAACUUCGACGGGCGCCUGCCGGCCUGCGCCACCCCGGCCGAGGUCCGCGGCGACGCGCUGCGCACCCUGCCGGACUCGGCGCUCUUCGAGUACUUCGUGUGCCACAAGCCGCAGAUCCGCGAGCGCCGCCUGCAGCACGUCACGGCCACGGCGGGGGACGACGUGCGCUUCCUGUGCCGCGCCGAGGGCGAGCCCGCGCCCAGCGUGGCCUGGGUGACGCCGCAGCACCGGGCGGUGACGGCCACCAGCGGGACGGGCCGCGCGCGCCUGCUGCCCGGGGGCACGCUGGAGAUCCUGGGCACGCGGCCGCAGGACAGCGGCACCUACACGUGCGUGGCCAGCAACGCGGGGGGCAACGACACCUACUUCGCCACGCUGACCGUGCGGCCCGAGCCCGCCGCCAACCGGACCCCGGAGGACGCGCGCAACGAGACGCAGGCGGCCGCGCGCUUCCCGCUGGACCUCACCACCGUCCUGGUGUCCACGGCCAUGGGCUGCAUCACCUUCCUGGGCGUCGUGCUCUUCUGCUUCCUGCUGCUCUUCGUGUGGAGCCGCGGCCGCGGGCAGCACAAGAACCACUUCUCCGUGGAGUACUCGUUCCGGAAGGUGGACGGGCCCGCGGCCGCCGCCGGCCAGGGCGGCGCGCGCAAGUUCAACAUGAAGAUGAUCUGAGCCGCCGUCCUCCGGUGCGCCCGCCGGGGGCCGUGGCAGCCGGCCGCAGGGCGCCACCCCGCUGUUUUUGUGGGCGCCCAGCUUGUUUUUCUGCCGAGCGCGUCUUUUUGCAGUUUCUCGGGACUCUACUAAAGGUCCCCGCCUGUGUCCCGCGCCCCCCCACCCUGCUGUGAUGGGGGGUGCGGGGUGAGGGGCCCCAGGAGGUGCCGGUGCCCCCAGCCUGCUCCCCUGCAGCUGUGUGUCCGGGGUGACAGCCGCCCCAGGGGAGGGUGCACAGAGGGUCAGCCCUGCUCACACCCAGAGUGCGCCAGAUUCACACCAGGGCCCCAGAUCCUGCUGGGCGGGGCGCGUGCACACCCCACACGCGGGUACUCAUUUCCCUGCAGGACACACCCGGCCCACGGCAAGGGCAUGCCACUCACACCCAGGGCACACUCAGCUCGCAUCGAGGACACUCUCAAUUCACACUUAGCACAUUGGCUUCACACCAAGUACACACCCGGUUCACACCUCCCAGGCACACCCGGCCCAUGCUGGGGACCCGCAGUUUACACCAGAAACGCGCGGUGCACAGCGGCACACACUCAGCUCACACGUAAUGCACACGCAGUUCACAGCAGUGCACCCGAGUGGCCCUUGUCGUGGUCCCGCAGCCAGGUCCCCUUCCUUCUCCCCUCCCUCCCUCCUUCUGGGACCUGUGGGCCAGUGGGGCGCCCACUAGAAGCCCUGUCCCUGGCAUCCGCAGCACCCCCAGCCCCUCGAUGCCCAGCCUCAGGGUCCCUCCCAGCCUCUGGCCUGCAGAACCGAGCAGCCCCGGAUGGGCGUAGAGCAGACAACUGAGAGCACCUCCCGGUCCCUGGCACGCAACUUCGGGCUGCGACAGGGAAGUGGGCUGAACAGGGAGGCGCCUCGCACAGAGCACUGAGGGACAUCGAGAGGAUGGGGUCUCUGUGACUGGGGGGCAGAGCUAGGACCAGAGUUUGAAUCCCAGGCUCAGCUGCAGCUCUGGGGAAGAAAGACCCCUCCCCCCAGACCACUGCAGGUAGUGAGCUGCCCGUCGCUGGGGUGCAGCAAGCAGGAGAUACCAGACUACCUCAGCCAGAUGACCGUUGGGACACUGUCUCGGGAGGAGGCACAGGAACUCAAGAGGCCACAGACCCCGACCUCUGCGCUGGGAGAUGUUUAAGCCGGCCCUGGCCCUGCUGCCCUGCAGUGUGUUCUCUGCUGGUGACCGGGACCCCCAGGUCGCUGGUGUCUUCUCUCCUUACGUGGCUCGAGUCCCGGCCUGCAGACACGCUGCGUGGCUUUUCCUGCAUCCUGGCUCCCUCGAGACUGUGGCCAGGUCUGAAGCUGGCUUUGUGCAAAGGACUGGGCAGGACCCCAGCUGGGCCGUGGACUGGGCCUCGGUGACCCCUGUCCCUGCCUGCAGUGUGCAGUGACCAGGGGGGUGCAGGCCAGGGGUAUGGAGCCGCCGCCCAGACUCCGCCCCGGAGCCCAGCCAGGCAGAACACACGGUGGUCCUCCUUGGCCUCCAGGCCCUGUUGCCAUGACAACCUGGAAGGCCUCCUGACCCUGUUGCCAUGACGAUUCCCAAGGCCUCCAAACAGCCUCCAAGUGCCUUUAGCAUCACACAAAGACUGGGCGGGGAGGGAGGGAUGCAUUCCUGGCAGCACUGGGGGUGACAGCUUCAGUAUUGGGGGUCCCCAGGCCUUUCUCCCCAGUCCCAACCCAAACCCAGACCCCUCUGCCCACCUCCUUCUCCACAUCCCGCUGUAUUUGAUUGGAAUCCAAUAAAACGGAAAGUGAUUUAAUAAACAAA